AUGAAUCCCCCAGUAAAAAACAAACUCCCAAUGACGUUCGCCAACGUUGUCUCAGCCGAAAGUAGCCGAACUAAAAAGAACAAUAAGGUAACUGCAACAAGUACAAAUGCUGCCGCUACUACUAAUACCACUGCCGCUGCUACUAAUACUAAUACUAACACUAAUACUAAUACUACUACCACUAGUUCUGCCCCUAUUGUUCCUGGAACAGCAGAUGCGGCGCCACUGCGAAGUCGACGUGGUGUUCGUCGAGCUCAGCGGCGUGGCAUACCACAAGAUUCCACAGCUACACCAACAGAAACCACACCAAUAAACACAAACACAACAACAACAACACCAAAGGUGAAAGCAAAGCAGACAGAAACUGUAGUUGUGCCUGUUCGUGGUGAGAACUCAAAUUCAGUAGGUGAAAAGUGCCCAGUGAAUCGAACAUCCGUGCGACGACGGCCCAAACCAAACAGUACUGUCACUAAAGUAGUGACUGGUGUUUCCUUAGAGGAUCUCCGCGCCAAACGUAAUGGUACAGCUGAAGAGAAUGUCACUGGAGGAGAUGCAAAGACCAUUGAAGAAGUCAGUCGUAUUCUUUUCAUGUAUGCAUCUCAACACCAACCGCAGCAACAGCAGCAACAACAACAACAACAAGUUGGUGGAAAGUCUCACUUUAACAAACGAUUCCCUUCUCGGUUUGAGAGUACUGAGCAUACCAAUAUGACGGGAGAGAGAGGGAGUUAUGAUGGGGAAACAGAGGUCUCUCCAAUGAUGACAGGGAAGAAAAAUGAGUUUUUUACUGGUGAUCAUAAUCAUCAACAUAAUCAUCAUAAUCAAUAUCAACAUGUUUUUGGUGGAUAUGAUGGUUUUCGUGGUGUUCAGGCUCAUGUGAUGUCGUUGAUUCAAUCAGGGAAGUUACCACUUGACAGUCUUGAGGUUUUACAAGCCAUGUUGGGUCAUUCCUCACGGGGAGGCAGAUUAGAUACGUUUGAUCCAACAAGGAGAAAUAGACGAGAUGGAAAUCCCAUGGAAAUGAUAACGGGAACAGCUGGUAAUGUACUCCAAUUACCGGAUCAACAACAACAACAACAACAACAACAACAACAACAACAACAACAACAACAGUCAUUUCUUACUGAUCUCUACUGCUAUACACAACAACAACAACAACAUAAUCAACAACAACAACAACAGCAGCAACCACCACAACCACAACAACAAUCACAAAUGAUAAAUCCUGCACAAACAGAGUACUUUGGAUAUAGUGGUUACCCUUCAUAUGCUGAGCAGAUGUACUAUCAUGGACUUGGUGCUUCUUCCUCUACUCUCAUGUCUAUUCCUCCUCCUGCUGUUUCGGCUCUUGCUGGUAAUGGCAAUGCCGAGAUGGGCUCUGUGGGUUCAUUUCCCUACCCAAAUGCAUACACUACCGAACAACAAGAACCACCACAUCAACACCAACAUCUUCAGUAUUACAACUCUGAAGCGGCAGUAGGAGGAAGUGUAGGGGGAUAUAGAGAUAGUGCUGCAUACUUUACUGGAAGUAAUGUACGAGUUCUUUCUACUAACAAUGGUGAACAUUACAAUAAUAAUACUAACAAUAAUAACAAUGAUGAUGAUGAUGAUGAUGCGGAUGUAAGUGCCAUGCUGCAUGGUAUUCGUGAGGUGGUGCAGCGGACAUCAUCAUCUCCAUCAUCCCCGUUAUCAUCAUGGUCAUCUAAACAACAACAACAACAAGCUCGUAGUGGAAGUCAUAUACCUUUUAUUCUGGACAACACCGGAGCGACUCCCACCGCCGAUGUAGAUUCCCGCAAUGACGCUGAUGAUGUGUGUGUGACCAUUAGCCACACAGAGCGGGAGACACUGCGUUCAUUACAACGGGUGUUUCUCGCCCGCAUGCGAAUUGCGGGAUCUCCAGAGUGGCAUUCACCCGGGGAAACACCGCCGAAGAAUCUUCUUUGUGCGUUUAUGGAAGAUGUGGAGUUGGACACACCCAUAGACAAACAAGAACAACAACAACAACACCAACUAUACCCCCAACAACACCCAAUAGAAGAGGAAGAAGAAGAACAACAAGAUGAGAGAUUUGCAACGAAUCGCACGCUCUUUUCAUACCGUACGGCUUUUUUGGAUGAUGUGGAUAUGACUACAUUAGAUGAACCCGUUACCCGUGAUACUUCCGUAGAAACCGCUGCUGCUGUUCUUAGACAACAACAACAACAACAACAGCAGCAACAGCAACCACAACCACAAUAUGUAAAUGAAGGGAUGUUAACAGAUCCACGUGUCUCUCAGUUCUUCUCCGCUAUGCGAAUGGAGGAAGACAGUGCGGAAAGACUCGGCUGUUGGACCUUAAGUGAUGAUGAUCGCGCUGCCGCCACCGCAAACACAACAGCCGCGGCGACCUUAACACCAUCAAGAUGGUUUUCCACUAAUGAUGUAAGAGAACCAUAUACACAGACUCAGAUGUAUACACAUACCACUUCUAUAGCCGCUUCCUCCACACCAGAGCAGCCAUCAACACAGAAGAAAGAGUUACAGCAACAACAAAAGCUGCAAGUGAGGUAUUCACCCUUCUCACCAUCUACUUAUAGUCUCGUAACACCUACGCAUUUCAUUACAAGACCCAUCACAACUGCUGAAAUGUCAAAGAAGGGUACUACACCAGGUAAAAACAAUGAUGGCUCAUUUAUACCACCGCACGUAGGAACUUUGGCUUCCUAUAUGGUUUAA